AUGGUGGUGUGCAUGGACCGAGUGUCAUAUUACCUGGAGUAUCCUCACGUCACCAAGCUGGAUGAGGUGGCGGCAACUAACCUCACCUUCCCAGCUGUUACUUUCUGUAACCUCAAUGAGUUCCGCUUCUCCAGAAUCACCAGAAAUGACCUCUAUCAUGUGGGAGAGCUUCUGGCCCUCCUGAAUAAUAACUAUCAAAUAGCCAACCCACACUUGGCUGAGCCUGAAGUUCUGGCUGCCCUAAAGGAUAAGGCAAACUUCCAGAACUUCAAGCCCAAACUGUUCAACAUGACUGAUUUUUAUAACCGUACAGGUCAUGACAUCAAUGAGAUGCUACUGCAGUGCACCUUUCGAGGAGAGGAUUGCUACCCAGUGAACUUCACCACGGCUAGGCACUCUAGCUACACCCACCGAGCCAUCAUGGACGACAGUACAUCCACCCAAUCCUUCCCCAACCACCACCACCAUCGCCAUAACACAUCCUUUCACCUCACUUUGCCCAGCCUUCAAAGCCCCGAACUGGGAUUCCCCUCCUCUCAGUCUGCCCUGGAUCCUCUGGAGCAAUAUGGAAGUAGAGGGGAAGAAUCCACAACCUCCUUCCCAAAUUCAAGCACCUCUUCUGGGGGAAGGGGGGGGAGCAGUGGGGGUGACAGAGGCUUGCUAAACACAAUUGGUAGCGUUUUGGACAGAGACGCUAACUUGGGAGGCCAGCUUGAUGGAGAAAGUGAGUUGGGGAGCCAUUUUGUUGACACUUGGUAUGGUGGCAGCAAAAAAGAGGACACUUGUGAGGAUGGGGAGAGUUGUGAAAGCCCUGCAGACAAUUUUUAUAAUAAAGGUGAUUGCUACAGUAACCCUAAUGAUGUUUUUUACAUUAUGAAUUGUGGCAGUGAGGAAGGACUCAGGCGUAAACUCAGAGCAAACUAUAAUAAUUAUGCAAAUGUUAGCUGUGAAGCUAAAAACGAAACCGUUUACAAUAGGGAGGCUAAUGUUAGCCACUUUACUAAGCAAAGUACUUCCUACAACAGAAGUGUGGCAGGAAGCUUUAGCGACAGCAGUAUAGAAUAUUGUAGGACCGAUUCAAGAGUGAGUGACAAUUAUUUAGGAAGAGAAGAAGAUUAUGGAUCCAGCUGUGGCUCAGGUGAGGAUCAGCUUCAAUCAGCAGAGGCUGAAGGACCCUGGCUCAACAUCUCUCCCUCGAGUCAGACAGGAGAGGGCAGGUGGAGAGGAACAGCAGACACCCACGCUUUGGCCUCAGGGUUCCUAUCGCAGCGAUCGGCUCUCAGCAUCAGCAGCGGGAAGUACACUCAGAAACUGGACUCCUUCUCUGAGGCUUUCCUCUCCCAGCGAAAGAGAAGAAUCCCUGUGAUUUCCAGUGGGGAUUCCUCCGGACAGAUCUGGGAAUUUGGGGGAGGGAGAGGAGGAAGCCCUGGAUUGAUCAAGUCGAGGCACAGCUGUGCUUUUGAUUCAGACUCCUACCUGCCUCCCUCCUCCUCUUCUUCACCCGCUCACCCCUCUCUCCCAUCUUUCCCCUCUCCUCCCACAUCGUCCCACCUCAUGUCUUCAGUUCUUAGUCCUCCGCCCACACCUCUACCAGCUCCUUCCCACUCACCCUCCAAAAUGGACUCUCCCAUUGCAUUCGGGGGCACAGGACAUUCAGUGUCCCAGGGGGGAGAGUCACCUGGCACGCUCCAGUUUUUUGCUUCCCGCCUUCAGUCUCUCCCACCCGUCCAUUCCUCUGGGAUGAUAUGGAAGUUUCCACUGCUGUCACACUGUUUUCCACAGUCGUCAGGCGAUCCCAGCAGCAAUGAGGGCAACCUGUUAUCUUCUCAUGGUAGCGACUAUGGCAACGUCACAGCCUCACACGACGUCCUUCAGUCUCCAGAGUUGCCAUUCCUCAUGUCCUCUUCCCACCGCUCAUCCCUCCACCCACCGAGAGCUCUCUGUUCCUCCAAUGCUACGUCCCCACAUACCUCCUUCCAUCUUCCUACUCCUACUCACCUUCCCAGCCAAAAUUUUGAGGCAGCAGAAAAGAUAGCCCCUUUCAUGGUGACGCAGAAAGUGAAGAAUGGACCGGCCAACCUGAACCAAUCACAGCUACAGCAACAAGACUCCCCGAUCUACACUGGAACUCCAUUUCCCAGUAUCCUUCACUCAAGCAGGGGUCAAAAGAGGGGCCGCUACACUCCUCGACCCCUCCUCAAUCCUGUACGCAGGGGGAAUGGGCUGUACUCCUCCCUUCUGUCUCUCCAUCAGGAGGAAACAACAUGUAGAGAAGAGGACGAAGAGUGCGGUGUGUUACCGCAUAUCAACUUAGGUCAUGAUUUCCAGGCACAGCUUCCCUCGUGCUUUGUGGACAGCAAGGGUUCAGGGUUAUGGUCACCAGAGGAGGAAUCCCCUAGAGAACAGCUGCUGUGGAAACCGUGGGACAGUCUUGAGGAGAGCACCAACUUACAAGACCAUGUGGAAAAGCUGUUGUCCAUGUGUAGUUCCAGCUGCAUACCAGGAGGGGGCAGUAACACAGAGCUGGCUCUGCACUGUCUGCACUACUGUCAGGGGAACGCAAUGGCCACGCUGGAGAUGCUGUUGUUCUCACAGCCUUCACCAACAGGAGACUACCACUACUCUGGUAGUGACUUUUGGACCAACAGUGAAAAGAGUCUCUUCACUGCAGCCCUGGGAACUUAUGGAAAAGAAUUUUCACUCAUACAGAAAAUGGUUAGGACUAAGACCGUGGGCCAGUGUGUUGAAUUUUACUACCUGAGCAAGAGGCUCCUGGACAAGCAGAAGAAACAGGAGGAGGAGAACAGAAACGGGGAGAUGGAGCAGCAGAAAACUGUAAGAAAUACCUUAAAAAGAAGCAGUUGCGGAUUUAGUAGGAGCCCAGUUUCAAUACGGUCGGCUGCCUUUCGCUAUUCUCUGGCCCUGUGCACGUUCCCCAAAAGUGUGAAAACAGCGCUCAAGCCGCUGCGCAGGUCGGGCAUCAGAGUGUUGUUUUAUCUAGACGACCUGAUUGUCAUGGCAGCCUCCAGGAAGAGCUCUGCACUCCACACGAUGAAGCUCGUGGAACAUUUGUCCUGCCUGGGCUUUGCUAUAAACUGGCAGAAGAGCUCUCCUCUCCCCUGCCAGUCAAUAAUCUAUCUGGGAGUGCAUCUGGACUCAGCUGACAUGACAGCCAGGUUGGAAGCUCUCAGCUCUGUCUGUGAUGCCGUGGUGAUCCUUCUGGGCCUCCUCCACGUGGGGAAAAUCCAGAGAUGGUUCGGCUGUCUCCGCCUCGAUCCGGUAAAACACAAGAGAUGCCUGCUGUCUGUCCCUUCCUCCAUACAGUCAGACCUGACGUACUGGGAAUCCUCUCAGUGCUUUCAGCGGGGAGAGUGA